AUCAACCACUCUCAUCAAACCGCCAUUUUCCAUUUCCAUUUCCAUGUCAAGUCUCCUGUCCUUCUAGAUUCUACAAAUCUUUCUCUUUUCUAUCCAAUUUUUCAUUAUUCAUUUUGCCAAAUGGAGACGACGACCCUCUGUUGCGAUCCGACCAACUCCUCCGACUGUAAGGAGUUGCAUGUCCUCGCCGUUGAUGAUAGCAACAUCGACCGGAAAGUCAUCCAGAAGCUUCUCCAGAUCUCUUCCUUUAAAGUUACAGUUGUCGAAAGCGGAACCAGAGCUUUACAGUAUCUAGGGUUAGACGAAGACAAGAACUCGACUCGAUUCGAUGAUCUGAAGGUGAAUUUGAUAAUGACAGAUUAUUCCAUGCCUGGAAUGACAGGUUUUGAACUGCUUAAAAAAAUCAAGAAUUCUUCAACACUGAGAGAGAUACCAGUAGUGAUUAUGUCAUCUGAGAACAGUGUAACACGCAUCGAUCGAUGUUUAGAGGAAGGAGCUGAGGACUACUUACUAAAACCAGUGAAGCUUUCCGAUGUUAGACGUCUGAAAGACGCUAUUCUGAAAUCUGGAGCCCCGGAAAUUGACCCGAUUCAAACAAAAAAGAGGACAUAUAGACUCGAUCAAUCAUCAAAACUGCCAACCUCCAUUGAUUGCCAUGAUUUAACUUCAUCUCCACCAGAUUCGCCUCAACAAUCGGUAGCAAAACGAGCUAGAUUGUAGAACAAAACAAAGGCAUUGAACACAUUCUUUUUGUUAAUACUUCAAUCUUAACGAAUGAAAACCCCCUUUUUGUUAGGAAACUACAUUUGAAGCACACUUAUAAACUCAGGAAACAUUGACUGGAAAA